UUUACGAAAGCCUCCUGGUUUUCUCAAAGAACCUAACGACAUUGUGUUCCUGAGUUUCCACUCCCACGUUGGAGCGAAUAAAAGAGAAGAAGUGAAAAUCCCUGGCAAUUUGGAAAAUCGAUACGAUUGAGCCAUAAUUAAAAGUAUGCUGAUAGCUUGCACUCCGCCCUUUUCUUUUUAGAGUGUGUCAGUUAUUGGAAAAUUAAGAAAUUAAACGCUAAAGCAUCCGGACAUUGAAAGCACAGAUUAAGACCAGAGAAGCAACUAACCAAAGGCCAACAUGGGUAACGAGACCUCCCUGCCCAUGGACAUGUGCUCCAAUUUCGAUGCGGACGAGAUCCGAAGACUGGGCAAACGGUUCCGAAAGUUGGAUCUCGACAAUUCGGGGGCCCUGAGCAUAGAUGAGUUUAUGUCGCUGCCUGAGUUGCAGCAGAAUCCGCUGGUUCAGCGAGUGAUUGAUAUUUUCGAUGCCGAUGGCAACGGGGAGGUUGACUUCAAGGAGUUUAUCCAAGGUGUAUCGCAGUUUAGCGUACGCGGCGAUAAACUGUCCAAGCUUCGAUUCGCCUUCCGGAUUUACGACAUGGACAACGAUGGAUAUAUCUCGAAUGGGGAACUCUUCCAGGUGCUCAAGAUGAUGGUCGGCAACAAUCUGAAGGACACACAAUUGCAGCAGAUCGUGGACAAGACCAUCUGCUUUGCGGACAAGGACGAGGAUGGCAAGAUCUCGUUCGACGAGUUCUGCUCGGUGGUGGGCAACACCGAUAUCCACAAGAAAAUGGUCGUCGAUGUUUAGGAGCCAUAUAGUAUACAUAUAUUGUAGGAAUCCAAAAUGAUUGUGUGUGUACCUUCCCGUUCAUACUUGUUCGUUCAGCUUUAUAAUAAAUGGUCUGUCUGUAAGUCUGUGAGGGCGUUUGAGGCGUGCCAAAAACGAAGCAGUUUAUUCGAUUUAUUGAUAACUAAACUAUCGCAUGUUGUACACUUAGACCCAAGAACCUGAUCGAUCUCUCAUCCUCAGAAUGCAAUGAAUUGUGUCUUAUACUCAUACUUGAAACCACCGGCAACGGACCACUAUGAACUCAUCCCUCUUCAAUGAAGCAUACUUUCUAAAAACUUUCCCAUACGAUCACUUUCGAACAUCCCUUCGCUCGUAUAGGUGGCAUAGGAUUGCUCGCAUCAUCCUAAACUAGUUUGUACUAUAUCCUAACUCUACGUUCAAUUCAAGCCUAACAAUUAAGUCCAUCUCUUGACUAAAUGUUGUGUAUAAGAUAUGUAAAAAAAAAACCAAAAACUACGACUACAAUUAAACACUGUUUAUCGAAAAGCUAAACUAAAAACCCCCAAAACGCAUUUACCUACCUG